AUAUUCUGAAUGUAUGAACAUCCUUAAUCUAAAUCACUAUUCAGAUAAGGUAAGUAGAAAUAACUCAGCAUUCAUCAAUCAUACACCUUAAAAAAAAGAAAAAAGAAAAAAGAAAAGUUCUAAGCUCCUGUGUGUGCUCAGUGGAAUGUGCUGAAAACUGAGACUCUUACAUAUACCUCAUCUUCGGUAGCUUCACUUUCAAUCCGAUGGAACUCUCUUCACUUCCUCUCUUCUUCUGAACUCACUCUCGUCUUGCCUCCCCCUGAGAAGCUUCACAGAUACAGUGUUGAUGGAGAGGUACAGAGUAACAGCAAGUUUUCAUGAAGAUCUCCCUCAGAGGCCGACCAGCUUCCAAACAACCCCCUCUUUCGUCUCCCUCCCGCCCGCCUCCUCCUACCUCCGCCCCGCUGCCGCCGGCAUCGCCCGCCGCGUCAGCCGCUGCGUUGACGACACCGAGAUCAGCAUCUUCGACGCCGAGCGCUACUUCAACGAUGGCCACGACCCCAUCGAUCGGACCACAAGUCUCAACGGCGCCGCCGAAAGGCGCGACCUUUUGACCCGCCGGAUAGGCUCCUUCGUCGCCUCGACCGUCGGCUCGUCCUCCUCGACGCUGACCGCCUCGUCGGAGGCCAGCUGGAACAGCCAGUGCGGCCUCCUAUCCUGUUCGCCGGGCUCUGUUUCUGUCGCGAUGAGAGCCUUGCCUCCGAAGGAACCCAGGAAGUCGCCGUCGUCUGCCGCCCGCCGCUUCUUCGCGCGGAGGUGCCCGUGCUCCGGCGGGAAGUCCGUCGACGUCGAAGACAAGUGCUCCGGUUUGGAUAUGAACACCUCUUCUACUGCUAAGAGUCUCCGCCUUAGGACAGGGGAAGUGGGUCUAAGCAGCUACCCGGAGAGAGAGAGCGUGAUGCCGGAAGAGAUCAAGAACGGUUUCGGUGUCGAGGAGAUGAUAAAGGUGAAGAUAAAUCCUGGAAAUCGCCACAAAAAUCCCAGCUUUUUCCGUAAUUCCAUCCAAUUCUUGCCAGAGAGGCGAUUUCCAGCGGAGAUCGGUCGCCCAAUGCUGAACUCUGGGAUCCUAUUCGGCGAUUCCGGUGGGUUCUCCUUCCCCAUCUUGAACCCAACCUCUUUGACCUCCGCCGAAGAGCCGCCACGGGAAUCUCUCGAGGUCUUCCGGCCGACGAAGGAGACUGCCGGAGACCCCCCGGGAUUCGCAUAUCGGGCAAUCUUGAAGUCCCCGCCCGAGGACGACGCGGCCAGCGACGCAAGCUCGGACCUUUUCGAGAUCGAGAGCUUCUCCACCCAGACGACAUACCGCCCUGGUGGUGACUCGCUCGACCCGCACGAGCGGCUACGGCGGGACCUCGAGGAGAUGCCGCUGCCGCCGUCCAUCGCGCCGAGCGAGUGCUACCCCCCGAGCGAGGUGAGCGUGGAGUGGAGCGUCACCACCGCGGAAGGGUUCGACCGAGCGAGCCUCGCCAACUUCUCGACCUCCGCAUCCGACUUCGGGGAGCUCCGCUUCUCGGCGGCGACGGGCGGAGCACCCGCAGGCGGCAGGAGGCGGAAGUGUAACGGUCUUCUCAGCUGCGGGAACGAGAAAGCGGUGAGCGUCGGGCCAAACCCGGUCCGGUUAGCACCAUCGGUUCGACCCCACCACGUUCGUCGGGCGAUGAGCCACGCGGUUCGGACGAAAUAGACCGGUUAUGGUUGGUUCAGAAGUCUUUAACGUCUCCUGUGUUUUUUUGUGCUCUAGAAAAUAAUUUGUUGUUCGUUUCUGUGUCAAA